GCGAGGAGCCAGGCGGCGGCUGCAGAGCUCCGGACGCAACGAGCCAUGAGCUGCAGCCCCCGGGCCGUCGCUGGCCGCCGCUGAACCCGACCCGGAGACAGCUCACCGAUCCCCGGGGCACCCUGUCCUGUCGGCAUCCCUCCCCCGCCCCACCCCGAGAUUAUUGUGGCUGCUUAUGACUCAACACAGAGUUCGGGGAAUGCAGAUGUUCAAUGAGAUAACACACAUAUAUAAGAAACAUGAUUCCGGUGACGGAAUUCCGGCAGUUCUCUGAGCAGCAGCCUGCCUUCCGGGUGCUGAAGCCAUGGUGGGACGUGUUUACGGAUUACCUCUCCGUGGCCAUGUUGAUGAUUGGUGUGUUUGGAUGUACUUUACAGGUCAUGCAAGACAAGAUCAUCUGCCUUCCCAAGAGAGUGCAGCCUGCUCAGAACCAUUCGUCCCUUUCCAAUGUCUCCCAAGCAGUUGUGAACACCACCCCGCUACCUCCACCUAAACCCUCUCCUACCAACCCCACCACCGUGGAGAUGAAGGGGCUGAAGACGGACCUGGACCUCCAGCAGUACAGUUUUAUCAACCAGAUGUGCUACGAGCGGGCCCUGCACUGGUACGCCAAGUACUUCCCUUACCUCGUGCUCAUCCACACCCUGGUCUUCAUGCUCUGUAGCAACUUCUGGUUCAAAUUCCCGGGCUCCAGCUCCAAAAUCGAACAUUUCAUCUCCAUCCUGGGCAAGUGCUUUGACUCUCCGUGGACCACGCGGGCUCUGUCCGAAGUGUCCGGGGAGGACUCGGAGGAGAAAGACAACAGCAAGAACAACAUGAACCGGUCCAACACGGCGCAGUCGGGCGCCGAGGGCAGCCUGGUCAACUCGCAGUCUCUCAAGUCCAUUCCCGAGAAGUUCGUGGUGGACAAGGCCACGGCGGGCGCCCUGGAUAAAAAGGAAGGCGAGCAAGCGAAGGCCUUGUUUGAGAAGGUGAAGAAGUUUCGGCUGCACGUGGAAGAGGGAGACAUCCUCUACGCCAUGUACGUCCGCCAGACCGUGCUGAAGGUCAUCAAGUUCCUCAUCAUCAUCGCGUAUAACAGCGCCCUGGUCUCCAAAGUCCAGUUCACAGUGGACUGUAACGUGGACAUUCAGGACAUGACCGGCUACAAAAACUUCUCGUGCAAUCACACCAUGGCGCACCUCUUCUCCAAGCUCUCCUUUUGCUACCUGUGCUUCGUGAGCAUCUACGGGCUGACGUGCCUCUACACCCUGUACUGGCUCUUCUACCGCUCCCUGCGCGAAUAUUCCUUCGAGUACGUCCGUCAGGAGACCGGGAUCGACGAUAUCCCGGAUGUGAAGAACGACUUCGCUUUCAUGCUGCACAUGAUAGACCAGUACGACCCUCUGUAUUCCAAGAGGUUUGCCGUGUUCCUGUCCGAAGUCAGCGAGAACAAGCUGAAGCAGUUGAACUUGAAUAACGAGUGGACUCCUGACAAACUGAGGCAGAAGCUCCAGACCAAUGCCCACAACCGGCUCGAGCUGCCUCUCAUCAUGCUCUCUGGCCUCCCGGACACCGUGUUUGAAAUCACCGAGCUGCAGUCGCUGAAGCUUGAGAUCAUUAAGAAUGUGAUGAUUCCCGCCACCGUUGCCCAGCUGGAAAACCUGCAGGAGCUCUCCCUGCACCAGUGCUCGGUCAAGAUCCACAGCGCGGCGCUCUCCUUCCUGAAGGAGAGCCUCAAGGUGCUGAGCGUCAAGUUUGAUGACAUCAGGGAGCUGCCCCCCUGGAUGUACGGCCUCCGCAACCUGGAGGAGCUCUACCUGGUUGGCUCCCUGAGUCACGACAUUUCCAAAAACAUCACCCUCGAGUCUCUGCGGGAUCUCAAGAGCCUUAAAAUCCUCUCGAUCAAAAGCAACGUUUCCAAAAUCCCUCAGGCCGUGGUGGACGUCUCCAGCCACCUGCAGAAGAUGUGUCUGCACAAUGACGGGACCAAGCUGGUCAUGCUCAACAACCUGAAGAAGAUGACCAACCUGACGGAGCUGGAACUGGUCCACUGCGACCUGGAGCGCAUUCCUCACGCCGUGUUCAGCCUGCUCAGCCUCCAGGAACUGGACCUAAAGGAAAACAACCUGAAGUCUAUAGAAGAAAUCGUGAGCUUCCAACACCUGAGGAAGCUGACGGUACUGAAACUGUGGUAUAAUAGCAUCACCUACAUCCCAGAGCACAUAAAGAAACUCACCAGCCUGGAGCGACUGUCCUUCAGUCACAACAAGAUAGAGGUGCUCCCUUCACACCUCUUCCUGUGCAACAAAAUCAGAUACCUGGACCUGUCCUACAAUGACAUCCGAUUCAUCCCACCCGAAAUCGGGGUUCUCCAAAGUUUACAGUAUUUUUCCAUCACUUGUAACAAAGUGGAAAGCCUUCCAGAUGAACUCUAUUUCUGCAAGAAGCUGAAAACCUUGAAGAUCGGCAAAAACAGCUUAUCAGUACUCUCACCAAAAAUUGGAAACUUACUAUUUCUUUCCUACUUAGAUGUCAAAGGCAAUCAUUUUGAAAUCCUCCCUCCAGAACUGGGAGACUGCCGGGCUCUGAAGCGAGCUGGGUUAGUUGUGGAAGACGCUCUGUUUGAAACUCUGCCCUCUGAUGUCCGGGAGCAAAUGAAAGCCGAGUAACUUAUUUUUCCUUCAAGUAUGACUGAACCAUGCUUCUACCAAAUACAAUAUAAAUAAUUAGGUAGUCUUAAUGCCUUUCCUAUUUUAUUUUUAGGUUUUUUUUUUCUUUUUCACGCAAAACAAAAUGUACACAAUGAUUGAGUAAGGAGUAUGUAUUUUUUAAUAAAAAUUUAAUUGUAUUUUUUCAAUAUUAAUAUUUUAAAGUUUUAUUUGUCUGGGAAGCUAAUGUAGCAAUUAUUGUUUUCUACUGACAAGAGCAAAUGGUUCUAUCUGGCUUGGGGUUUGGUGUUUUUUUUUCUUUGUUUUUAAUUCAUUGUCAUGAAAGGGAGGGAAUUAUAGAAUGCAUGUAUUUUGUGCAUAUUUUAAAUGGAUACUUUGCCAAGGCUGUUUCUAGCUUGCUUACACCUGCACAGGAUCCUUGCUUUUGUUUUUGUUGUGAGUACCAAGGAGUCUGGGGUAAUUACUUUUAUACCGACUUCCUUUCUUCAUCAGCCAGGUCUUUCCAUUCUAUAGAAAACCAUUUUCCAGAGUGUAAAUUCAUGUAAGUGCAUUGCCAGAGUAUCAUUUCAAAUUUUUGACUAUUUCCAACACCUAAAUUGUGUCAUUCCAUAUAUGGGACAGUUAUAAUUAUCUUAAGAUGAGGAUUUCAUAAGUGAGUGAAGAAAGCAGCCCAUACAGUUACAUCCUGGAAUUUCUCAUCAACAUUUAACGUUUUAACCAACAUCUUUAAAAAUUUUUUAAAGCUCAAUACAGAAGCUCCACCCCUCCCCCUCCUUCAGCCUCAAUACUGCUAUGUGGUACUGGCAAACAACCUUGGGGAAAUUAGAUUUAUUUUAAUAUUCUAGUAGAUAAUUAAAUUUAAAAUCAUAGAAUUAGAAGCCUGUUUUUGAGUAAUUUAAUCAUUUUUGAUAUCUUAAUAUGCGGAUGCAUCAGAUGGAAAAAAAAUUUUGCUACUAAAGUGCUCUGUUCAAGAGCUGAUAUAUUCCACUCAGACUUCCCUUCCUCCUCCGGCCCUGUGGCUGUGAUAAUCGAUUCAAGUCAGCUGCUGAACAAAACCUCCCACAUACAUGUAUUCAUUUUCCCUAAGCCUGCCCUGACUGUGGAUGCUAAUGAUGCAAGCAUGGGGCUCUUCUGCUCUCUAGCUUAAAAUAUGCAUCUCACUUGGGAUGGUCUUGUUACUUUUGCAGAAAUAUAAAUACACUGUUAAGUGCGCUCACUUACCAAUAAUUCUUGCCUAAUGGACAGCGAAGCUUUCAUUGCCCAUUGUGUUCUUAAAAUCCAACAUAAAAGUAUGAAGAAUUGAACUAAACAGUUCACGGCGUGAUCUAAGAAAGUUCACCACUUAACAGCGAAAGGGGCUUCAGAAUGCUGCCUUUGACAAUGUCUUCUUGGUCCCGUUGGGUUUGCCCAGUGGCACUUUGUGAUCUAUGCCAGGCAAUGCUGGGAACUACCCAGCCACGUGGAGCUCACCCAUGCUUUAAACUUUAAGGUUCAGCAGAGGACUGUGUGGGUGUGGCUCCGGGACAAAGUAAAUGCUAAGCAUACUCCAGGCCCAGGGUUCAGAUCCCAGCCCUACAAAAUAAAAAAGAAAGAAAAAAAAGAAGGAAGAAUGGGGCCAGAGAGAUGGCUCAGCAGUUAAGUGUGCUUCCUUUGCAAGCAUGAGGACCUCAAGGGGUCCGGAGGGUGAGUUUGAAUCCCCAGGUCCCACGUAAGCAGCUGGGUGUGGCCAUAUGCUGCUGCAAUCCCAGUGCUGCAGGGGAGCAAAGACCCAAGUGUCACUGGAGCCUGGCAACUCCAGAAUCAGCAGAGACCGGCUCAAAACAGACAGGCACAAGAAUGAUGGAGCAGGACACUUCAUGAUCCACUCUGGUCACCGGGGACCUGUGGGGUGCCACCACGCAUCACACAUUAUUACACACACACAGCAAAACAAGAAGAGAGAUAGGUCACAAGGUGUGGAUGAGAUUUAACAAGCUAAUGACAUAAACCAAGUACUUCACAUUUUCUGUCCUGUUAGCUUCUAGCAUGGUGAUUUAUUACAACCUGGAAUCAAGACAAUACUAUUUUGGAAUAAUAACUUGGUUAUAAUUCUUAUAUAGAAAAAUGUUAAAUUCCCAAAAAUUGGGAUCUUAAAUACAAGCAACAUGUUGUGUUUAGAAACAUGGCCCUAUUUGUCAACAGUUUGUCGGCAGGUUGCCUGCCCGUUACCAAGCAUGACUUGGCGUCCAGUAUUGAAAAGUAAUCGUGAUGAUAAUGUCCUGUAUUUCUGGAUGAAAAUUAACCACUGCUUUCUAUAUCACCCUUCAAAAGAGAUCUUUUCAGUUUAGAUAUGGGCUACAAUCUUAAUGUGAAGCCGGGUGUGGUGGCG